AUGCGACUGGUCGUUUCGGGCCAAACGAUUGAAGUGGCCAACGACCCGCUCAUUGGGUCGUUCUUCAAGGACUUGCCCACGCAGUACUACAAACUCACGGACGCCCGUCAAUUGGGCUACUCGUUUGAUAUUAAGGGACUGCUGGGGGACAUGUACACCACAUGCGGAAGCAGUAGUAGCUCCACCGGUGGCAUCGAGAGCGUUCAAGAAGUGAGCCAUGCCAACGUGACCAUUGACCACGUUGUCGAGCCAGUCGUGCUGGCCGAAAACCAAAACGUGCUGGCGUUCGAAGACGCCGUCCUCACCCAAGCCGACAGCCAAGGACUGACCACGGACGAAGCGUACUUGGAGGUGCAAAAGAUGAACUUGUUGCUGCAGGAGAAUUGCAUGCCGGGCUCCGUCGCGGACUUUACGCCAGAGUUCAAAGCCGAGUGGCAUAUCACAGGAUCGUCCAAGUCGUUUGCCCUGUUGCAGGGCAUCAAAAGUGGGACCAAUCCCGUCCGCAUCGAGCACUGGCAAGACAUCCUCUUCAAGUACUACGACUGUCGCGGAGAUGUUAAGCAAGUUGCGUAG